GGAAAAUUAAAAGAGGGAGGAAGGGAGUGACGAUGAAAGGUGGCAAGUCUGGUGUUUCUUGAGGACGGGGAAUGUUCUUUCAAGGAGAACCAAUGCUCCUUCCCGUUUCUGGGAUCUUGGCGCUCGUUGCCUAACACGUGAUAGCGCCAAUCUCGAAAACUUACGAACGUCGAACAUAUCAUCAAUUGAAGCAGUCCACCCAACAUCCCGUUGCAAUAUGCCUGUUUCAGCCAUCAACACAGUGGCUAAGGCCCGAAAUGGCGUCGGUGCCUUCAUCCUACAAUGCAAAAAGCUCGACUUCCAUUACUGCGACUGGGCCGGCUCAUCACGCGGCAUGAACGCUUUCAUAAAAUCAUCGCUCCCUGCCUUCGCCGCGCGCAAUCCACAAAUCGAAAUCUCUGUGUCUCCAAGACCGAACAAGCACCCGGUAAUUGUCGGCCACUACAUCAAUGGCCGCCAGAAAGCUAUCUGCGUGCGGAACAUGACGAAUCAUGAAGUCAAAGAGAAGGCAUUACUGCUGAGGGAUGCCAGCGGAGACAAAUUGAAGAAGGUCACGAAGCCAGUAACGAGUUUGAAUGAGAGCGUGAGAGGAAUCUGGAGUCCUUUCCACGGAUCGAAGAUCAAUAUAUAAGCGCUAGGAUGGAACAUGGAGAACGGAGGGACUAUACCACGCUACUGGGCAGAGCGUAUGUACAAAAUAUAUGAGGAGGAACUUGGGUUGUGUAUUAGCAUUAUAGGCGCAUAUCAGGUCGCAUGUACAGCACAUGUGUGAUUACUUGUAUAAUGUCAUGAGAUAUCAAAAGAAGCGGA